CAGUAGACCAGUGCAUCGCCGCCAAGUCUCAGUAUACGAUAGGUAUUCAGUAUACGAUACAUACGUACCUAGCUGUUACAGCUUAACGCUAUUCUACUCCACUUGUAACGCGCGAACGUAAUUUCAUAGUCUACUUCAAACUUUAUAAUCCCUCAUUCACAAACUCAUUUUCAAGAACCUUCCACAAACCAACCUACUAAGUGUUUAUUAAUUUAUCAAGUUUAUUUACCAUGAAAUUUGCAAGGUGAUUUUACACGUGGCGUGAAACUACGAAAACCGAGAUUUUGUUCAAUGUGCAUUUUAAAAAAAGACUGAAGAAGAACAAAGUUGAGGAAUUCUAAACAAUCUCGAGGGAAAUUAAAAAAUGUUAUGUUUUGGUUAUCGCCGAUUUGAGUAUGAAAUCUGGAGGAUAAUUCAAUAAAGGAUCUCUAUUCACUGAAAUAAAAUUUUACAACAUUUCGACAAAAUCGAUUGACCUCAAUUAUCCGACUCGUUAGAAAAUGACGUCAUGGAUUUUAGUGUUUGGAGCAUUGUAUUUAGUUCAUCAAUUGACGGCUUUGAAUGGCGAAAAUUGUUCGAAAAACGAACAUCAAAAAUGCAUAGCUUUAGCAGAUCCUCUACUUAAGGAUCCCCAGCUUAUUUUUCCAGACAACAUGAAGGACAUAGAUAAUGUCUGCAGAAUGUGGUCGAAUUUUGUGGAUUGUAUCAGCAGGUAUACAGAGAAAUGCUUUUCAAAGGAUAUGCGAGAGCAAUUCAAUUCUGCUGUAGAAGUUUCAAUAGAAUCUAUUCAUCAGAUGUGCUCGAAUUCUGCAUAUCAAACCGAAUACUUGCAAUACGCUUCUUGCAUAAAAGCAACAGUGAUCGAAUCAGAGCAUUGUGGUAAUCAGUAUUCAACCCUCGUUAACGAAGUAUCGAGGAGCGAAGUAGUGAAACCUAAUCUCUGCUGUGCCCAUUACCAUUUUCGAACAUGCGUCAUCAUGGAAACGAGAAAAAGAUGUGAUGGGAAUCAACCCGAGGGAACAGCUGCGAAAUUCUCGAGGCAAAUCUUGGAUAAGGCUCUGAGUUUCCUGCAAGAAGAAUGUGCAAAUUAUAUACCCAACAGUGGAAAUUGUCCCUUAUCGAUGAUGGAUAACAGUUUGCCACUGUCAGUGAGCCCCCUUGCCGAGGGGACUAGUGUGGUUCUAGAAGCUCAAAGUCGUCCAUAUCAACGAACGGCAUCGCCUGAUACCUAUUCCAGUAAAACCAGCGACUUUUACGGCGCCUUCCCUAAUACAGCUUACCCAACGGCAUUCAAAAGUACCGGACGUGCCCUGAAUCUACCAUCAGGUUCAGAGUCUCGUAGUAACAACGAUGUACUGCCUUCUUCAGCUCAAAUGCCAUCGAAUACUCCUGAAAUAAUUACAGUAACAGAGAAAGUUAUGGAUGAACCGAAGACUGAAAAAACAACAGAAAGAAUAAUUACCUCCACUGUGGUUGAUAUAAUGAACAAUAUCAAUGAAAACAAUAACAACAAAGAAGAAGAGUCAGCUGUUGUUGAAACACAAAGAUCAGCAACUUAUGGAAGGGGUAUGACGUGGCCAACACGAGAACCCAAAACUUCUUCAGAAAUACCGGCUUGGGCAACAAGUACUAAUUUGGCUUCAAAUCAGAUUCCAGUGACUGAAGAUUCGUGGUACCCACCAGCAGGAAGUUUUGGUGGAAACAACAUCGAUGAGCCAAAUCAGCAGGGACUCAAAAAUAGCGACACAUCUCUUAGAAAUACAUUAAUAUUCACCUUAUUAUUACUCAGCAUUGUUGUUAUAUUUUAGAUUGCACCAUUAACAGAAUAUAACAAAAUCUCGUUACAUUCCAUGAUAAAAGAAUAACUUAAAAAGAGUACCUUGAAUGAGAAAAAGAUGCAAAUUCUAUCGCAAAAAGGCCUGAGGGUAAACUCUACAAUUAUUGGCACCUGUAAUUUUAUUUAAAAAAUUAUUCACCAUUUAAUUAACCUGUAAAUAUCUUUUAAAAACGACUAACUUCUUUAACUACUAAAAUUUUAAUUAUUUUUUUCAAUUCUUUAACUUGUUUAUAAGUACCUAGAUGAUUUAAAAAUGUUAUUGAGUGUCAAUAAGUGUCGAGAUUGUUUUUUCGAUUAACAAAACAAUAUUCCAUUGUGCAAUCGUUUUUCCUUUACUUUAUUCCUAGUAAAAUUGUUAUCUUAUUUUUUUAAUACUAUCAGUACUAUACUUAUUAUUAUUAUAUAAUUAUAAAAAUAUCUGAGGCCACUAGCAAAGGGAACCUACGACACUAAGAAUUUUUUUUUGGAUUCAUACUCAUCUCAGCACGGGCUUGGUUCCUGCUCCCGACAUUUUUCUCCAUUAUUUUUUUCAUACAUUUUUUUCUCUCUAAAUUAUAAGUGAUUAAUUAAAUUAAAUUUCAAAUUUAUGUAUUUAUGUUUUAUUUAUCAUUUUAAUUCGACUAAACCAAUAAUUUAUAUCAAGACAUAUAUUUUGAACCAUUUUAUUCAUAUAAAAAAUUAGGUUUUCAAUAAG